AUGGGUAAAAAGUCACAAAAAUGUUAUGCUCCUCAGAGGGCCUCUUCUCAGUCCGUCUCCAGGCUUUCUUUCAAAUCGCCUGGUGUGCUCUCCUCCCCCCCCACGGGUACCGUCCAGUCGGCCGGUUUCUUACUCCGUCAGCCCACGCAAAAUGGUUCUGCCCUGAGGUCACCGUCUCUCUUGCCGACAUAUGUGUCUCCGACCUCCGCUGGUGAUGUGACCGCUCGACCCUUCUUCUCUAGCCGCCCUGAUUUGCUCACCGAUCUGGGCAGGUCGCCAGCCGGAGGGUCGUCGAGCAACGCGGUAAGCGGAACUCGUUUACUUACUAGCGCUGGUCCGAGUCUCGCGGGUCCAACGUCCGGACUCUCUCGUUCAAAAGGCCUUUCCGCCUCGCUGUCUAGCCUAUUUCAGGGCAUCGGACGGAGCCGAAAGUCGUCAAAGGACAGUGAUUACCGAGCGGGAACUAAGCUGAACUAUGGAAUUGCAUAUCAUAAUCCUGACGCUGCUGAAUUGCGGGUUCAAUUGAGGCAGAUGCAGCAACGUCAGAUUCAGUCGAUGACCACUCGGCUACGAUUAGUCCGUGCUCUUUGCCACAUUGAAGCUCAGGUCGAGUAUAUGUCAGGCACUCUCAAAUGCUUGGUGCUUGGCAUUUCUGGCUUUUCGCGCCUCUGUGCCGGUGACCUCUUUGAAGUACACAUGCGGUACGCAGUCCCCGAAAUUCAAGUCGACCAGAAUAACUAUGACUGGCUAGAGUUGGCCAGCCGGCAGCUGCGACAGUCCAAAGCCUCGACCACUUCUUCCGGGGCAUCUGCAGCCAACUCCGGUGCAGUCCGCAGGAGUCAAUUGAUGACUGUCGACAAGUGGCGCAUUUGUGGUCGUAUUUUGUCACCUCGUGAGGCUAGAGUUCGCUCAAACGAGGGCUCUUUAUAUCGGGCUUCUCGGAGGUCUACUCCACCGACACGGCCUCGAGUUUAA